AUGACCCUUCUGUUGCCACGUGUCAAAACUCCCAGAUUCCGGCAAGCCACGGAUCCAUCAAAUCAUGGAACACUGAAAUCGUUAAUUACUUUGAAGCAAAGUGAAUUUGUUUUUAAUUUGCUGCCUAUAUUCAUCAACAGAAACACACAAAUGGUUAACUCUACUCAAGUUCCUUCAUCAAUGGAGUCCUCCCGAAAGAGAAAAACACGAAGUAGACGCGAAGGCCCAAAAGGGGUAGCAGAAACUCUUGCGAAAUGGAAGGAAUACAACAAGAAUAUCGAUAAAUUAGAUGAAAAAGCUAAACCAACACGUAAAGUCCCUGCAAAAGGGUCAAAAAAAGGUUGCAUGAAAGGUAAAGGAGGACCUGAGAACUCGAGGUGUAAUUUCAGAGGUGUAAGACAACGAACAUGGGGUAAAUGGGUAGCUGAGAUUCGAGAACCCAAUAGAGGUAGUCGAUUAUGGCUUGGAACUUUCGGGUCAGCAGUUGAAGCUGCCCUAGCUUAUGAUGAAGCUGCCCGAGUCAUGUAUGGUCCUUGUGCUCGUCUCAAUCUCCCAAACUGUCGAACCAUGAGUGAGUAUUAUUCCGAAUCAAUGGUGGUUCCUAAUGGUGCUUCAAGUUGCGACUCCACUACAACGUGUAGCCAUUCUGAAGACUCCAAAAAUGGGUCGGGUAGUCAAAUGGUCAAAGAUGAUUGUGAAUCGAAUAGCAACGAAUCUGGUAAUCCGCCAUUGAUGACGACUGUUAAACAAGAAGUUGAAGAUGAUCAGGAAGAUGGGAAAGAUGUUAAAGUUAAGGAAGAACCUGAUGAGAUUGAUUUUCAAAACGUUCAUGUUGAUCAUGAGUUGUUUGAUAUGGAAGAGCUUCUAGAACUGAUGGAUCAAAAAAGCCCGGGUUUGAAACCCGACCCGGGAAACCAAGUGCAUGAUCAAGGUGGUGAAGUUGACCGGAGGAGUGCGUCCUACUGGCGGCAGCAAGAGUUGCCGGAGGUUGGCAACCGGAGCAAGGAAGAAGAUGGUAGUGGUGGUUAUGGGUUUGAUUUUUUGAUGCCCGGAAGACCCGAAGAUUAUAAUUUUACAUUAGAUGAUCUAGGGUUUGAUUUAGGAGGUGAUUUGGGUUUAUAA